CAGACGUGGUAAGUUGAGUUCCAUCAAUUUCAGAAAUAAACAAUUUUCUAACACAGUUGUAUUCUUUUAUUUCCCGCUCCACAGAAAAUCAGCCCAGCUAUCCCGAAAUUAACACUGGUCCUUAAAACCGGAUUUUCUCGAAGAAGGGAAAUUAAGACAACGACGCAUUGUUGGUGAAAAUUUAAAAUUCCGUACAUCAAUCAACUGCAAACAAACAGAAAAUGUCUCAAUUCGCCUGUGGUCUGUGUAAGGAAAAUCAUCCUCUCCGGUUGUGCGCCGAAUUCCGCCGAAUGACUCCCGAAAUACGGUUGAGAACGGCUCUCAUAUAUCGCUAUUGUAGCAACUGGCGUGGUCAAGGUGCCCGUCGUCGACGAAAUGUGCGAACUAUAAUAGAGCGACGAUCAGCAGCACUCCCCUGGCAGCAGAUGUUGGCGGUAUCACCCACGGUGUUAAUACGUAUACGUACUGCGGAUAGGUUCACCGCAGUGCGGGCUGUCCUCAGCCCCGCGAGUCCGGCGACCACAAUUUCCGCUGCUACCGUCGCAAGGCUGCGACUCCGUACUCCAGUGCGUGGAGCUGGUGGAGUAUGCUAUCUCACGCUACGUAAUAAUCUUGGUAGUCAUGAAGAGUUCUCCGUCUGCGCUAACACUGAGACCAUCAGCCCAACGCCGACCCCGCUGCGUUCGUUAUCGCAACAGACCGUGCAAGCCAUAAAGCAGCACCCGUUGAGAUGAUACUAGGCGCGGAUCUCUACGCCAAACUCUUACAGCCUGGCCUGAUGCCCUCCAUUGCGGGACAGUUGGUUGCACAAAAUACGCUACUAGGAUGGGUUAUUUCAGGCGUGACUCACUAGGCAAGCCUCAACACAUUUUAAUUGUAAUAUAUGUAGUUAAAUUAGAAAAUUGUAUUAGAUAAGUUUAUUAAGAUGAAUUGUACUUUGAAUUGCGCUUAAUAUAUGUGAGUAUAUAUAUGAACCUCUGAAUUGUAAUCCACUACCUAUGAAUCUAUUACAUAAAUUGUGAAUUAUGCUUUUCGCAGUAAUACUGCAAGGCGGGCGGAAUGUUCACUCCGUUCGCCAAAUGACAACCCUAACUUACCGCGUUCGUCAAAAAGCUCCGCUUACUACUCCAGGCUCUCUAAUGUUUAAGUAAG